CAUCUACUGUCCUAUUAGUCAAAGGACUGAAGAACUCCAUGGCGGCGUUAUCGAUUACUCUACCGAGCGAUUUUCUCUCUCUUUGACAGGGUGAAAAACAUGAUUUGGGCAGUCCUUAAAAGGAACAGAUUCUUAAUAUUGUUUAUCGUGAUUGUGUGCCCGCUUAUGUACCAUUUCAUUGUACGGAGAGAAGGUGAGUGAAGGUUUAUUUACCUUAGUGAUUUUUAUAUAAAAUUCCAGUUGCCGUCUCGGCGUUAUAAACCACAGCCGAUAAGUUAUAAACUUACUUUGCUAAGUGAAUAAAGUGAUUUUGAAGAGGUGUGUUCUUUGGCCCGAGAUAACUUAACCAGGGUUCUGCAAAGAUAUCACCUUUUUGUUGAUAAACAUGAAAUAGUUUGGGGACAUUGCGGCGGAUUAAGACAAGUGGCUGCAGGGUGAGUCUGAAGUUUGAGCAUUGAUCGAUACCAUGUCGAUCCCAUCUCAUCUUUGAACCCUUUUGACACCCAUGACUGCCGUUUUGUUUUUAUUUAACGCUUGACAAUAUGCAGUCAUUCUUAGCAAUUACCUACCACAGAGGAGCAAAAACUUUUGAAGUCAUUUAGAUAUAGAGUACUCGUCAUAAGCAGUGGCUUUCCUAACCUUCCCACUCGCAGACACUUUCCCCCGUUUUUGUAGCCGAUUCAACGUCCAUAAGCUUUCAUUUUUACAAAAUGAUAACGUGAGAAUUCGAAAAUUUGCCUAGUCACACUUUGAAUUUAUUAUCUUACACUAUAAUGUGAGCCUUGUUCCGCUACAUUACUCUGAAUCGGCCGAGGGAAUGUUUUGAUGUCGUUUUGCUGAAGACAUGUGUUUCAACGUCAAUAUUCAAGAGAUUGUGGAGCGGUCUGAAAAACAUUGUUACUUCGUUUUGUUUCUCAUUAUUUAAAAGCAGAACUUAGUUAGCCUUUUUCAACAUCUGUGCCCCUAAAUAAUAGCUACUGGCAGUAUUAUAAUAACAGCUGAAGAAAGAGCUGUUUGUCGGAAGUAACUUGUUUUUUUUUUGUUGCUUAUUUUAGAUACAAUUAUAUAUUUUAAGCCUUGGAAAAAAGGAAAAGUUUUUAUUUACCAAGUCCUACCCCACCUACCAAUUAAUUGAUCGAAAGUACUUUGUGCAAUAGACUUUUACAGAAAGAUGAAGUUUUUGCUUGGUGCUUUAAUAUCUUGGCAACAAUUAAUACAUGAAUAUUUGAUUAGUCCAUACUCUGUAGAUAAAAAUUUAAGAAGCAGAUUCCAAAAAAUAGUGCAAGUAUGAAUUAAUUGCUGCAUGUAUUUUUUUUAUGUUUAAAAGGGAUUUUCUCAUGAUCUUUGUUGCUUUUUGCACCAGUGUUAACUGGUCAUAUGAAUCCCAGCUGAGUAUUUGGGUGAAAGACUAUACUAUUUUAAAAUGCAGUCACUCAAAGAAUAUUGCUUCUCAGAUACCUCCUUUCACCAUAUUAAAUUGUCUAAUAGGAAAGAUUUAUGUUGGAUUUUUUCUCUCAAAAAUAAAAAAUACUGUUUAUUUUGUGGUGCAAUAUUUCACUGAGAAGUUUUGAAUUGAUGAUUAUUCAUAUACAAAGUCCAUCCAUAACUGCCCUUCAAACAGAUACAAUAUAUGUGUGGUUGUAUGGUUUAUAUUAAUAAUGGUUACAUUUUUUGCCAACAGAGACCAAUGUAUAGCAUACUUCAAUAAUUAUUACAACUCAUGAAACUUUGAGACCUAUAUUUUCAGAAUUUUUAUUCAAGAUUUUGAGACAGACCGGUAAGCCUGAGAUUCUAGGACUCUUAUUCUUAAUUCUGAGAAUUUGAGACUUGGUCAAAAUUGAGCAAGAUUCACCAUUUUUCGAUAGACUAUUCUAUACCUCUAUAUAUGUAUCAACUUGAGUGUUGUUGAAUAAGAAGUCAGAGACUGGAAAUUUUCAUUUGGCUCAUGUGCUUAGAUUUUAAUUUAAUUUCUGCAAUACUUUAAUCUUUAAGUACUUCAAGAUGUAACCUGCCAAAGAAUUUUCUUUCCUCCUUAAAAAAAUUAUUAAUUGUGAAUUAUACACUUUACUUUUUUAGCUUGUGUUGAAUGAUAUUUUAUUGUGAAAUGGUAUUGAGAGUGACAAUUAAUAGUAAAUGAAUACUUCUGAGCUUGCGAUCUGUUAAUUUACUGGUGAAACAAAGGCUAGUUCCUUUCUAGUCUAUUAAAUUUUCUUCCAGCUUCUUAAAACACUGCCGACUGCAUGUCUUUCUCCAUCAAUAUUUCAAAAGAUUUGUUUAGGCUAGCAGCAUGCAACUGAUCUUAGGAAGCUUCAUCAGGCUUUUAAUAAUGCAUAGCACUGGAGAGAUUUCUGGCGGGUAUUAAAGAGUCUUGAGUUUUCACCUUCUUUGCCUUACCCUGCAAGGAGAGAUUUCUUUCUGGAAUGAGUUUUAGUAUCUACAAAGUCAUUUGUAUCACUGGUUUGUUAACUGCCAUGCCAUAAAGAAAUCUUUGCUCACAGGGUAACGUAAUUGCCCGGUAAAAAAUGUUCAGGCCAAAUUUUAUUUUGAGAUUUUGCAAUCUAAAUCUGAUCCAGAGAAUCAUCAAACUCUUUUCAUUUAAUCAAUUUAUUCUUACAUAAAUGUAUUUUUCAUGUUACCAACUUUCCUUCAAAUGGCAUAGCUCCAAUGUUUGAUAUACAAACUUCAUAAACCUCACACAGCCUACAAUCCCUUGAUUCACCCUGACGAAGGAUAAGGGCUCAAAAUGCUUAUUGACUGGUCAAAAAUGGCGUGAUAAAUUUGGUGUCUGCCACAUGGAAGCAUCCUGAUAGUAGAGCCUUUCUUUCACUUGCUCAAUUUUGGCUUACCUGAGAGAGACUGCAAGAAUGGAGUCAGAUCUUUGUUGAGUAUAUGUGGCAUGUAGCUAGGAUAUAGUUUCAAAUCCAGGUCUAAUAGCUGUACGCGUGCUACAUGUACAACAGGAUUGGUUAUGACGGGUUGAGCAAAUCAUGUGAGCAAAAAGCCUGUGCUUUUGAACAGACCUGUUAUUAACUUGUUGUUGGAAGGUUGCAGUUUUCUCAACAUUAAAAAAUAAAUUGCUAAUUUUAUUGUUAUUUGAACUUUCAUUUUAGAUUUGCCAAAAAGUUUGCCACCCAGCCAAGUAGAUGUAGAUCUGAUUACCAAAAUAGAGUCCCUCAGGGAUAGAUUACGAGAUGCUGAAUUCCAGAGCUCUGCCAGAUCACAGGAGCUUAUUUUAUUAAAGACAAAGUUGUCGGUGAUGGUAGCUGAAAAAACAAAAAGAACUAACACAUCCAACAGAACUGAGAAUUCAAAUACGAUAUUUUUUAAUGAGCACCAGGUGCUACAAUUACCAAGUAUUUAUGCUUUUAUGCCACAUCUUAUGGAUUCCCCAAAUAGCUUAAAGCCUGCGAUACAUGUCACAAAAGAUCGUCAAGGAGGUAUGAUUGUAAUGCAAUAAUGCAGACAAUGUACAUGUAAGGAAGGUACAGCAAUCGAGGCCUUUAGAUUCUAAGACAAGAAUGACUAUGAGAACGAGAUUUUCUCAGUACUGAGUAUCGCUCAUGCAUAAACCAGCAUCAUUUUGGAGGGAAAACAUGAUAGCCGACAUCAUUCUACCACUAGUUUUAGCAAGAGUGUCGUAGUGGCAGAAUUGAGUUAUCAAAUGUUAGAAGUUUUAUCAUUUUGCGUUUGAGAGAGGGAUUAACCUUCUUUUUGUAAAGAUUGACGAUGCUAACUUUUCUGUGAAUCAAAAGCACAAUAAAGCUUUCCAGGGUAUCUAUUUUUUGAGAAUAAGCCUAAAAACUUGAAGUCAAAUCUCGUACUUGUUGUCCUUCUCGUCCUCAAAUCAAAAGGUCUAAUUGCAUUUGUCAGAACACAUCCUAAUCUUGGUGUUCCUGUGGUACAAAGCCCCUGUUUCAAGUUAUUGGGGGGGAGACUGGCAAUUAGCCGCCCCCACUAAUUUUAUCAGGGGCAUCUCAGCCAGGAAACUGGACUCCUUUCUACUUGAUCUCAUUUCUGUAAGUGACGAACGCGGAUCUGUAAUCAAUGAUUACCUCUAGUGUUAUUAACUAUAGUAGUUGUGAUAGCAAUAAUGACAAUACUGGUCAAAUCAAGUAUCUCAUAGCAAAUGGUGUGGCUGAGAGCUUAGAUCUUCCUUAUAAUGUACUCAAUUUUUUGGUGAUGGUGCCGAUUUGCAACAAAAUCUAUGCCAUUGCCUAACAAAGAUCAACAGUCGGUACAAAAAUGGUCAAAACAUGCAAUAGCAAAGUGACCACCGUGAGUCAAACAAUAAACAGCUUAUAAUAAUGCGUGUGAUGCAUGAUCUAUAAUAUCUUCCAUCGCUCUAUUAACCUCGGCAUUUUUUACCAAGUUAGAUCAUGGCAUGUAAAGUAUUUAACACAGCAUUUUGUCGUUGCUCCCUGCAAACUUCUAUUUUGCAGUUUCUUUAGUGUUCGGAAUUCCCACGAUAAAGCGUGAGAAGACAUCAUACCUUUUGAAUACUCUUGCAUCCCUCCUGGAUGGAAUGACACAGGAAGACAAAGAUGACAGUGUUAUAGUUAUCUUUGUGGGUGAGGUAAAUACCUUUAUUUUGUUAUUAAACCAGCCCUUGACCGACAAGAGCAUGAUGUGUAGCCAGCUCCAUCAAAUCUCACCGUGGAUACCAAAAGGUGACUAUAGAGGCUACCUCUGUUGUGUGAUGGAAUUCUCCCGUAAUUGGUUAUGUUAUAACUCUGUAUGUGCACAUCCCUUGAGCAGAUAAAGGUAAGAGGGGGCUCACCUCCAUAGCCAAGGACCAUGAAGUUGCCUAUUUUAGUGUCAGUCAAUACCAGUACACACAUUUGGACAAGCCUAAGCAUAAGAGCCAUCAUAGACAUUGAAGAAGCCAUUUUUACUUAAAAUAUUACCCCUAGCUUCUUCAGACACUAGUGAAAGUUAAAUAAUUAUUUACUAUUUUUUUGAAAAUGUGUUCCCAUGUGGCAAUGAUACAUUUGAUAUCUUGUUAUUUAUUUGGAGUUCUAAUUUUACCUGCAGACCAACAGAGAGUAUGCAUCAAGUGUUGCUAAUGAUGUGAAAGAACGGUAAUACACAGUAUUAUUAUUGAUAUGAGGAGUCUCUUGUUUUUAAGUGGUUGAAAUAUCAUAUGUAAAGUUCAAAAGGUAAUCAUGGCUUAACCUGGGGUAGCAACAACACCAAAACAGGGUGGUGGACAAAACACUAAGUCUCAGUCCAUGGACUUCCUCCACUGAAUACCCAUAUGGACCACCCUAAAAUGGAAUACAUGGUGGAAGUUUAGUGUUUAGGGUUAGGAAACUAUUAGUGAAUAAAGUGUUAGGUCAGUUUUCCCAGUAUAAUGACCCUAAAUGGAACCCGAUUCACUACGUUUCCUUUCUCUAACCACUAAACUUCAGCGGCAUAGUCCAUUUUAGGGUAGUCCAGUGUUUUGUCCACUACCCCUAAACAGUAUACGUAAUGAAGUUAUGAAAUAUAUAUGAAAAUCAUACAUGUGAACUGCAGGGUGAAGAAUUAUAUGAAAGAAGAUCGUGACAGUUAUAGAUGCAACUUUUGCAGUUGCGACAAGAAAGCCAGAAGAAAUUCAGGCUUGUCAGGAUUCAAACCCUUGACCUCUGUGAUACCGGUGCAUCGCUCUUCCAGUUGAGCUCACAAGCCAACUGGGAGCAGGUCGUUGAAUUAGUUCAUAUUACACCCGUAAAACAAUGUAUGAUUUUCAUAUAUUCAUAACUUCAUCAUCAUCCUUUCACGGGUUUAAUACAAACCAAUUCAAUAAGGUAUUUUGGUGACUUGAAAGGAAUUUAAAAGCUGUCAUUGUGAGCACUAACCCUCUGUAGCUUAAAAUGAAUUCUAGGUCAAAAUCAUUUUCCUUUAAACUGCAAUGAGAACCUGCCAUACAUCCUAGUGGUUGUGGUAUUGACAGGUUUUCACUUGAGUUUUAUUUGUAUGUUCCUUUACUUCAGGUUUCCUUCAGAUGUUGAAUCUGGAUUAGUGGAGAUUGUGUCUCCUUCUACUAGUUUCUAUCCAGAUUUGGAAGCUGUGCCGCUUACAUUUGGUGAUUCAAGGGAGAGAGUCAAGUAAGCAAAACUUGUGUGAUGAAAAGCUGUGAAUGCUUGAGAUAAUAUUUCUCAAAUGUUAAUGCAUUGCAAAGAUGAAGCUAAUUAGACAUAACCUCAGCUGAACACCAGAGGUGAGACAUUUCAUGGUUUUGUAGUUUGCUUGUGUGUGUCCUGAGCCUUAUCUCAAUUGAAAGUCCAGCCCUCUGUUCUGUUCUGUCAACAGUCCUGAACUAAAUUGACGCAUGUUCAACAUUCUCCUAUUUUGAUAGAUACUUGUACAUAUGAAUUCACUCUCUUUGAAAGAGGUCACAUCCCAACUAUAAAUGUGUAACUGUAUAUAAUGUUACAGUGGUAAAUUAAAUUAAGGUUAGGAUUAUUCUUUAACCUGGAUUAAUUUUCAAUUUCCUCAAUCUCCUAACCCAUGUUAUUCAUAAAUUGGGAAUCGAAGGUAAUUAAGAGUUACCCUUAGCUGGGUUAAAAAAUGUGGUGCUGCCAGAUUAAUUUGUUGACAGCUACUUGACAGACUCACUGCCAGUUUAAUAUUUGGUUGUUUGGUCGUAGAUGGAGAACAAAACAAAAUCUUGAUUUCUGUUUCCUGAUGAUGUACUGCCAGCGAAAAGCAAGAUUUUAUAUUCAGGUGAAUAUGUUCACUUUUUAGUUUGAAUUUAAUAUAAUAAAUUAUUAUGGUCACACAUAAUUAGCUUGUUUGGGCUAACUACCACUGCAAUGAUUUGUAGUUAAUGAUGUCUCAACUUUUUUGUCCUGUUUUUGUCUAGCUUGAAGAUGAUUUGGUGGCUACACCUAGUUUUGCCUCCACCAUCAAAACAUUUGCACUUCAACAAGUGACAAAUAAAUGGCUUAUGCUGGAGUUCUCUACUCUUGGUUUCAUAGGUAAGUUGCAAGCAUGUAUUAUUAUUUUUACUUAUUGUACAUGUACUGUGUGUCACCUUUUUGUACAUUAUGUACCAUUUUCUUCUCAUUAUCCCUUUAACUAAGUUUUUUUUGUCAACCAACGGGGCAAAGAGUUAGUUCAAUUAACUUUUGCUCUUUAUCUCUUAAUUUCUUCCUUUUUUUGUGAUCUUUUUCAAUUAAUAGUAUUUUUUGGAGAUAUUAACUAAAUAAACAAAAAAAAAGGAACUUUGAAUAUAACAUGUGUUAAAACAUGGUACACAAGAAGAAUGUUAUGAUCAUUACAUGUACAGUAAACACCCGCUAAUACAAACCUGUGGAUUAAGAACCUCCUGGCAGAAACUUGCCACUUAAUACCCAAAAAUACAACAACCUGUUUGGCCAAGCAGGUUCUUCUAUGCUAAACAAUUUAACAAAGGAGUUUAACUUCGAGUUGCAAAUUCAAGUAUAACAAAAACGUACUGUACUAAACUGUAUUUAAAUUUGGUAAUCAGUUAUGUUGUGGUUGUAAUAAUUCAAUUGUGAAUAAAUAAAAUGUUUAUUCAUUUUUCUGGUAAUCAGGAAUCUAUUAUCUCCUUCAUAAAAAUUAAGAACCUAAUUACGAACCUACUCAGCCUAAUUAAAUUGCCAAUAAUUACCCCAAAAUAAAACAACCUAUUUUGCCAGACUGAAAAAAAGGUAGGUUCUUAUUAGCAGGCGUUUACUGUAUUUCAAUUCAAUAGGAAAGCUUUUCCGCUCAAGUGACCUUAGUUUGGUGGUAGAAUUCAUUCUCUUGUUCUACAAAGACAAGCCUGUUGACUGGCUUAUGGAUCACAUUCUUUGGGUGAAAGUCUGCAACCCAGAGAAAGAUCAAGUAAGUGUAUAACUAUAAAAAUAAUAGGUUGAUUGUUGUCUGAUAAGAGCCUUUAAAUAUUUAUUGGUUGUGGUGAGAAUACUGCUGCUGCUGCUAAUGAUGAUGAUGAUGAUGAUGAUGAUGAUGAUGAUGAUGAUGGAAAUGGUGAUGAUAAACAUGAAGCUAAUCAUGACGAUUAAGUUAAUGAUAGUAAUCAUAAUGUUGGUGAUGAUGGUGAUGUUUAACCCUUUGUUUACCAUGCUGGGUAAUAUGUCCAGUAUGCAUGAACCCUUUUGGUAUUUUGUCAUAAUUAAGCCACUAAAGUAGAAUGAUGCAACUUUUGUUGAAAAAUGUAUGGUUGCCAUGGCAACACCAUGACUGGGACUUGAAAGUCCCGACAUGUAAUACCGAACAUAAAGAAAUAACACAAAAGUUCGAAAAUAGCUCUUUAAUUUGCUUUUAGACUUACAUAUAUGUCAAUACAUGUUCAAAAAACAAGAAACUCUUUUCAACUUAGAAAUACACAAGCAUAACGUGUAGUGAAAGCAGUGUUACAAUUUUGCUAAUUUAUACUCCAAGUUUACAAAUAAACAACAAUGUUCUCAAAACAUAAGUUGAUAUAUAAACACAUGUAAAUACUAAAAGAGAGGUGUCCCUGUUAUUGCUACGAAUGUCCGGUUUUAGCCAACAAACAAAGGAAAUGUUGCACUUGUUUCCUUUCACUCAACUUACUAGGGAUGCCCCCACUGCUGCAAAUGCUUUUCAUUACAACACAGAAAGACCUUGCAUGAAAAGCACUUCAUCAGGAUCAUCUGUUCUGGAUGUCCUGGAGCUACUGAAGACUUUCCAUGAGGAGUGUGCCAUUGCAGUAUUGCUUCUUCCUGUAUAGACAGUAUUUAUUCCAUUUAUAAUAUUAUUAGAACUGGUUUAAAAAUUCAUAGUCUUACUUUCAACAUUUCAUUUACACUAAAUGUAUUUAUUUUGUUUUAUCAAUAAUGUUAGCUGUGUUUCUUCAAAAACAAAAAAAUUUUCAGCCCAGAAUAUAGGUGCCAGUGACACACGACGGGACGUUUGAGUCCCGAACUAACAUUAUGAUCCUUCGAUACUGAAUUUAAAAGUGCAGAACCAAAAAGAUUUUUCAUCUUAUUUUCCUAGUAUUAAACAAUCCAUAAAAAAUUACUCUGCUGACUACUCAACACACAACUCAGUUAAAAUAAGUCAAAAUGGUACAAACCUGAUGCCACGUGUUCCCUCAAUGAGCAGCCAUUUUGAAAUGAUGACAAUUUUUAUGUCAUGUAUGAUGACAGCUUUUGUCCUGGCUACAGAAAUAGAGGGGCAAAGGCUCUUGAGACUUCUAGGUCCCUUUGGGUUGUUUCACCUCUUUGUGUUUUCUUAUGAAACUUGAAUCCUUUGGGACUUUUAGGUCCCGUUGGCAAGCAAAGGGUUAAAUGAAGAUAUGAUCAUUGCAGUGGUAAUUGCAAUUUAAGCAAUUGCAAAUGAACGCAAAAAAAUUCAGGACUUCAACAGGAUUAAAACCCAUGGCUUUCAGUUCGCAUCAUCAUUCUGUGAUGAUGAUGAUUGUGAAGUUGAAAGUGAUGGUAAUGAUAUUACAUGUAAUAUUUACAAUGGUGAUGUCGAUGAUGUGUAAGAGUUGAUGAUAUUGAUGCUGUCUGAUGAUAAUGGAGAUGGUGAUUGUGAUGAUGGGAAUGAUUGUGAUGAUGUUGAAUGAUAGUGUUGUUGUUAGUAAAGAUUGUUGUUCUUUUCUUUUUUAGCAACAUUGUGCAAGGGAAAAGAUGCACCUGCGAAUAAGGUUCAAACCCUCCCUGUUUCAACAUGUAGGAAAAGAAUCAUCACUCAAAGGAAAGAAACAGACUUUGAUUGUAAGUGAAAACCAGUCCCUCAAAAUAGGUUUAGCCCUUAAUACACACACACACAUGCACACACACAACUGUUUAAUCACUUCUUUUGAUAUUACUGACAAGAAUUUGCUUUCAAGUUUUUUUCCUUUGGCUAUCAUUUUUUGUAAAGAUUCUCAUGAUCUUUGCACUGAUGAACAAAUAUAGUGGAGGGGGCCCAGGCCCCCAACUUUUUAGGCCAAAAUGAAUCCCGCAGGACUGGAAAAAAAAAAUUUUGAGGCUGAGUUCCCCCAUUGUCCUAUAAGGGUCUGGAUGAGCAUGGAGACCAUAUUGUUGUUGUUCAUUGUUAUGGCUUAGAAGAUAAACCCUGAGGAGAGUAAUAGAACAUGUAGCAGUGAAGAUUGGGGAAAAUGUGCUGAACGUAGAAGUUUCAUUGAGUUGCUUUUUUGUGUUAUUCUCUGCACUUUAUAGACCUGGGUAAUGUAAUAUAGUAUUAUUCAGUUUUGAUAUCUUGUUGUUUAUUUGUAAAAGGAUAAAGACUUCAAGAAAGCACCAUUAUUCCAAGCUCACCUAAACCCUCAAGCUGAGGCAGUGACCACACUGGAACCUUAUCAAGCCUUCAGUAUUGAUCGUGCAUACAAGGGACAGACAUUCUUCUGGGCUUAUCCACCACAUGCUGAUGAUGUUAUAAGACUGAAAUUCCACAAGGAAAUUAGAAUAGAAAGGUAUGUUCUUUUUCUGCUGCUACUUCUGCUGCUUAUCAGUCUUUAUCAUCAUUAGCAAUCAUAAAUAAUGUGAGAUUCACCAUGAUUAUUUUGCCUUGGGGAGGGGGGCAUUUUCGCACUCAACUGGAGGAAGAUUGCACCAUUACAUGACAACAUUAGCCUGCCCAGCUGGUGGAUAAUCGUUUGUCCAUCUGUGUGAGAGUUGUUAUUUAUUUUUUGGGGGGGGAGGGGAGGGAGGGGGGAUUGUAGCAGUGCUUCACAACCCCUCAGUCAAUGCAAGCAGCCACAAAGGCUAUGCUGACAUCUGAUCUCAACUCUGUGAUUCCACUAGAAUUCAGGAACUAGCUGUGAGGGGGAAAAGUGGUGCUGUUUAGUGGUGGACCAUUUAACUUUUGCUGAGGGGAGGUUGGCUGAUUUACUUUGGGCAGGACUAUUUCUCCAGGCCUACAACACUUACUUUUGUCAACAUUUUUCGUAUUUCUUGGUGUAAAUUAAUAAUAUUAUAAAUUAAUUAAGACUCAAUGCAAGAAUUUUCGUUCCAAGUCAGUUUGCAGGAAAUUCUGUACUGGAGUCACCCACCCUACCCUCCCCUAUUCUAUUUCCAUUAACACUGCAACAUACAAAAAUGCACAUAGAACAUGCUCGAAGUUAACAGAAUGAAGAAAAAAAUAACCAGUGGAAAAAGAUCAGCGUGUUCAUGUUUCAUUUCUAUUAUUUGUAGCACUGGAGGGUUUAAUUUGCAGGUCUGCAGGUGUGGCGCAACAUCCUAAACACCUUUAGUUGCCCAUCACAUCAGCCCCUUCAUCCUUACCUUUCAUUUAAUUUGUCAGGUUCAAGUUCAAGUCAGGAAACCUUGAACAUCCAGGUGAUAUUAUAAGAAAUGCUUCUGUUGAAGUUCUUCCUGUGAAGGCAUUGGCUCAAGCCAAGAAGAUGUCAGGUUAGAUUCACUUAAAGUUACAUAGUUAUUUUGCUUUGUUCUCUAACCUCCCUGACUGAAUCAGGCUCGCUCUGGUAUGGUUUGAAAGAUCUCUUCACCCUGCACAAGUUAGCUGAAAAAGUUGUCCUUGACCAUUAAAACUGAUGAUGUUACAAACUGUAAAAGGGACGUGGAUCAGCAUGGUUACAGGCAGUUCGGGGGGGAAUGGGUUAACAGGCAGUCAGUAUCCUUAAAAAUUGAUUUUUUUACUUCAGAACCUGGAAGCGAUGCAUCUCCAGAAGCCAAGAAGAAUUUCAUGAAGUAUGAGUAUCCAUUAUCUAGUUACAUCAGAGUAGGAGUCUUUAGUCCCAACGGACUAGCUGAAGGCCAGGUUCCGCAGGAUAUUGGCAAAGUCUCAGAGAUGAGAAUACGAGUCUGGGGCCACAACAGUGAAAGUUGGAUUAUUUUAAGUGAGGUAAAAACAGUAUAA